AUGUGGGUAUUGCAGAGGAGUUGGAUAAUAUUAACCCUUCUGACUGGACAGAUAGCUCUGGGAUGGGAGAGUUUUGGGGACAAGGAAUAUGAGGCGUUCUACGAGGGGUUCUCUUGGUAUGAUUCCCAGCUACAGUGUGAAACGAUAAAUGGACACCUGGUGAUAUUUGAAAGCACCGAAGAACUUGAGUUUGUUCGGAACUUGAUCCAUGACGACGAAGAUUGGACGUUUUGGAUUGGUGCCAACGACACAGCCGUAGAGGAUGAGUGGCGUUGGGUAGAUGGCUCAUUGGUUGACAAUGCAGUUAAGGACUUCUUUCCUGGAACAUGUAGUAAUAAGAAAUGUAAUUUAAGAAGUAACGUACAGCCCAAUAAUGGUGUCGGGACUGCAACAGGCUUACCGCAGGACUGUGUUGACAUCCGUAGAAGUUGGGGGUCUGCCGGGUAUUCUGAUCAUCAUUACUGGAACGAUGAGGUAUGCGACGCAACAGACGACCAAGGAGACGAUACCCGAGGUUACAUAUGCGAACGAGGAGUUCUUACAACAGUACCUACAACUAUUGCAACGACAGUUAUGACAACGGACACCACCACACAAGUAAGCACAAAGGAUGCCACAAUCGAAGCAAGCACAACGGACGCCACAACAGAAGCCACAAGUGAAGCAAGCACAACGGAUCCCACUACUGAAGCAAGCACGACAGACCCCACAACUGAGGCAAGUACAACGGACGCCACAACCGAAGCAAGUACAACGGACCCCACUACUGAAGCAAGCACGGCAGACGCCACAACUGAAGCAAGCACAACGGACCCCGCUACUGAAGCAAGCACGACAGACGCCACAACUGAAGCAAGCACAACGGGCGCAACAACCAAAGCAAGUACAACGGACGCCACAACUGAAGCGAGCACAACGGUACCCACUACAGAAACAAGCUCGACAGACGCCACAACUGAAGCUAGCACAUCGGACGCCACAACUGAAGCAAUUACAAUGGACGCCACAACUAAGACAAGCACAACGGACGCCACAACAGAAGCAAGCACAACAGACGCUACAACUACAGCAAGGACGACAGACGCCACAACUAAAGCAAGCACAACGGACUCCACAAGCACAACGAGCGCUACAACCGAACUAAGCACAACGGACGCUACAACUGAAGCAAAUACAAUGGACCCCACUAGUGAAGCAAGCACGAUGGGCGCCACUACUGAAGCAAGUGCAAUGGUCCCCACUAGUGAAGCAAACACGAUGGGCGCCACUACUGAAGCAAGUACAAUGGACCCCACUAGUGAAGCAAACACGAUGGGCGCCACUACUGAAGCAAGCACUACGGAUGCUACAACUGAAGCUACCAUAACGGACUCCACAACUGAAGCUAUCACUAUUGCAACCACAAGAGAAGUAACAUCCAUCGCAAGUUCACAGGAAAAUAUUACAACAGCCGCCAUCGUAUUUCCACCUUUAAAGCAAAUCAAAAAAGGUGUUAUGGAAGAGGAGACAUUCACUGAUUCAGAUAAACGACCUUCGGCGAUGCUGUUCGGCAUCAGUGGCCUUGUUAUUCUCCUCACAAUCCUUGGGGUUAUCGUUCUCUUUGAUAUCAUCACCGCCUGGGGUCACAUGCAACGCUUGAAUUGUAUUGGGAAUCUAAGGAACUUCAAGCACAUGACGAUGAAGGAAGUAUGCAUGGAAUGCUGGUGUUCCCAAGACAAGCGCUUUAGGAGAAGGAUGAAAAAGAAAAAGCCGAAGCUUACUAUGGUGAUAUACAAAUACAGGAAAUACCAGGAAGAAAAUGGAGGGAUAGAUCCGUUCAGUUGUGACGUCAUUAUGUCUCUCUUUUGGGAUGCCAUAUGGACGAAGUUAAAAACUGUUUGUUGUAAACCUAAACAAAACCAUAGGGAUUCACUAUCGACGUUAAUUGACCCUUGUAAUGUCAACGAACCCGAUACAUCCUCAAUUGAUAUUGACAGAGGAAGUGAUUUAGAUGAAGUGAUAGUUGGUACAACUGAAGAAGAUAUUGAAAGUGCUGAGUCAAAUCAAUACAGAAAAUUCGACAGAGAGUAUAGCUUUAUGGAUGACAUUGAAACAGUACACAAUCUGUAUUAUAGAGGUAGAUUUGCCGCCGAGAAGAAAAGAUGGCAACCCAAAAGCGUUCAAGCAGAAUCACCCGGUUUGGAAAUUAAUGAUACAGGUACUAUGUUCGAGCAUAGAUUUGACACAAAAAGUUGGAAUAUCGACGAAAAGGUGAGGCAUAACAAAUCGCCAAUCACAAUUGAGGAAACCAAAGGGUAUGAUAAUGAAGUGUAUGCCAACCACAGAGAUGCAACGUUCGUUCCCGAAAGUGUGCUAGGAUACGCUCGUGAUAUUUACCACGACGACAGCGAACCCCCAGCCACUGUGGACGAUGAACUAGAUAAGCUUGUUGAAGGUAAUCAUCAUAUAGAGGUCAAUGAGACUGAAGGACCAACAGGUGUCGACUCAAUAACAAUUGAUGGUAUGAUUGGAUCGGGCCUCCAUGAUAACACUGAAUCAAAUAGGAAAUAUAUAGCAGUUGAGUGUGCUGUUUUAAGUGAAAACAAACUUCAGUCAAAGAAUGAUAACAACAUCAUAGAGACCCCAGACCAAUCAGGAAUAGACCAACGACUAUAUACAAGUAGAGAAUUAACAAUGUUUGAUGAUGGCGAUACCCCGUGCCCUCACAUUGAAUCAUACCCUCAAACCCCCAACGAUAACCACAACCCGUACCCCCAUUUAGAGGCAAACGUAGACCCAAUCAUUAACACCAUAAGUGAUAUAUCAACACGUCUGCCCGACUCAACCAGAGAUCAAUUUGCAAAUUCUGAUGAGGACGACAUCUAUAGCUUAUUCAGGUACGACUCGUUUAUAAACGCAACUUCUCCCAAUCAUGAUAGCGGCAUAGACACCCCCACUCUAUAUCGUUCACCAUCAAGCGACCGCGAAUCGUCUGCUCUGUCAAGGUCAUUCCCUUUUACAAUGACAAGAGGAACGGACGUUGUGAAACGUGAAAGAGGAUUGUCUAUCCCAUCUAUUAGGACAUUUACGCUCAAACAAGACACAUAUAACAUGAACAUAGGGCAAGACCAUAAACCCUAUCUAUCACCUUCGACAUCCACGGUCAAACAACACACGAAUGACACGAGGGAUAUAAAAAGUGAUCGGAAAACAUCUAUUCCAUCAAUAUCAUCCACAGUUACACAAAAUAUGAACGACUGGAUGAGAGAAUAUGCACCACCGAGAGAAUUUCUCUUCCCAGAACCAAAUACAGACUGGUGUAGUAAAAGCUACAAUAUUCCAUCAAGUGGUCGGGAGUAUGAACGGAGAGAUUGGGACGGUCUAUCUGGCUCUAAGACGUCAUUAUCAGAACGCAACAAAGUACGUCACCCAAGGCGUCACUCGGAUAUCGGUGGUCCAACCACAGAUUCCAAUCAGGGGAAAAGAACGGGGAAUGGAGCUCCGAGGGUUGUAUCUUGGCACUCGGGAUAUAGCUCUAAAUUGAAACCAACGAAGGAUUGGAUGAGAGAGGAAAGAAAUAAAGUGUCAAAGACUAAUGGCCCAACAUAACUUGCUUCUGUAUCAAUGCCAUAUAAAGAGAGUUGUAGGUCUUGAGUCUAGUACAUGACAUGCGCUCAUCUAAUGUUAAAAACAAAACAAACAUCAUGUUAGACUAUCAAAGAAAUACUGCUGUAAUAGUUUAUCGUAUUUAACACACUGCAAAUAGUUGAUAAAUGCUUUUAUGCCAUACUUAUAGUAGUGUUAUAGAUAGAUAACAUGCAGGAAUAUAAUUGAUAUCCGAAGUGAGCGCGUGAUAUCAGUGGGUGAUAUAUACACUCCCCUCCAUAAGUUUGGCAACCUUAGCUCCCCCAUUGAACUACGUGUUAAAGCCUCUUUACCUUUGAAUUUUGAUUUACUUAACCUGCGAUGAAAAUACUUAAACUAUUGAAUAUGGAAACGUAAUUUGACUUUAUUU